UCUGGGCUCGGAAGCAGACAGAGCGGUGCUGCCGCAGCAGCAACUCGUCCUAUCGAUAAGGUUCAGUUAGCCAAGGUGGAGGAUGGGAAAAGAAUGGAGCUGUCCCAGCUACUCAAUGAGAUCAGGGCAAACUAUGAAAAGCUCCUCACCAGAAAUCAGAUAGAGACCGUGCUCUCAACAAGGAUCCAGGUAAUGAUUUCAUACAGACAGGCACCUUCCAGGAUAAGGAGACAAUCCAUGUCUACCCAAUUCCUGUCCCGGCCUCUCUGAGCUAGAAGAAGAUUUAAGCAAAAAAAUGGACAAAGACGAAGAGGCGCUGAAGGCAGCGCAAGCGGAACUCAAGGAAGCGCGGCGCCAGUGGCAUCACCUGCAAGUGGAAAUCGAAUCCCUCCAUGCUGUGGAAAGGGGCCUUGAAAACUCCCUGCAAGCCAGCGAGCAGCAUUACCAGACGCAGCUCCAAGACCUGGAGGCUGUGAUCGAAGGACUAGAAAAAGAGCUACAGGAAGUGAGGCGCGGCAUCGAAAAGCAGCUCCAAGAGCACGAGAUGCUUCUCAACACGAAGAUGAGGCUAGAGCAAGAAAUCGCCACUUACCGCCGCCUCCUAGAGAAGGAAGAAAUCAGAUAUUAUGGUUGUAUCCAAGGAGGGAAAAAAGAACAAAAACCUACAAGUAGAGUUGGUUUUGUUUUACCUUCAGCCAUUAUAAAUGAAAUAUCUUUCUCAACAAAAGUCCCACAAAAGUGUGAGAAUGAGAAAGUGGAAACAGUGACCAGGCAAGCGAUAUUAAAUGGAAACGUCGUGAAGGAAAGCACGGAAGCCCACGGCACGAUCCAGACAGAGAAAGUGGAUGAAGUUAUCAAAGAAUGGGAAGGUUCCUUCUUUAAAGAUAACCCUCGAUUACGGAAAAAAUCUGUUUCUCUUCGGUUUGAUCUUCAUUUAGCAGCCGCUGACGAAGGGUGUUUACAGACUAAACAGGAUAAUCUACCAGAUAUAGAAGUCAGGCUAAUCAUGCGGAGAUCUUGCAGUAUUCCCUCUAUCAAAUCUCCAUCAGCAGCUAAUUAAUCCAAAGAAAGUGUUGACUUGAUUUGAAAAUGACAUUAGGAUGGACCAAGGUGGGCCAUGCUGACCCCCUUCUGUCCCAAAUGUAAGUUAAGUGUGUAUGGUAAGUUAGGCAUGUAUGUUAUGAUUGAUUGAGGUGUGAUUUUCUUCAUGGAAAAAAAUGGCAAGGGACAAAAUUUCUCUGAAUCUAAUUAUGGAUGUAUUUUUGGGAAAGGGGAAGCUUAAAAAUAAAAUCAGAAAUUCAAUACAGUUUCUAUUUUAUUUAUUCUCCAAAUAGUCUUUUUUGUUCCCUUGAAAUUUUAUCAGAGACUGUAAGCAUUAGUGGCUUAGUUAAGUCUGGAAAUUUUAAUCAAUGGCUGAACACUCUAAGCAAAAGGGAAUAAUUUAUCUAAAUACUACUGUAUUACGUUAAGAAUCACACUGAGAUAUCCAUCACUAUUGUAUGACUGGUUAUAUCUAAAAAGAUUUUUCUGCCCUGGCUGGUGUGGCUCAGUGGAUUGAAUGCCAACCUGCAAAGCAAAGGGGUCUCCAGUUUGAUUCCCAGUCAGGGCACAUGGCUGGGUAAUGCACCAGGUUCCCAGAAGGGGGCGCACGAGGGGCAACUACGUAUUGAUGUUUCUUUCCCUCUCUUUCUCCCUCCUUUCCCCUCUCUCUAAAAAUAAAUAAAGUUUUUUUUAAAAAAAGAUUUUUCUAAUUGAAAAAGAAAACAAUUAUAAACAAACUUUUAAAGAGGAGCCCCUAUUCACUUAACCAAAAUUUUUCCUUUUGUGACAAUCCUUUGCAUAUUUAGAAAAAUAAAUUACUUCCUAUGAGCAGUUCUGAACGAACUAUAGAAAAUAGCCCAGUGCUAAUUUGAUUAAAUAACAUUGAGUUUCAUCUCAAAGUAUUUUGUAUUCAUUAUCUGAUUUCCAGAAGUUUCUUUAUUGUCCUCUACCACCAAAAAAAAAAAAAAGAGGCCAGCGGCACAAACAAAACAGGAAAGCCGAUCCCUACAGUGUCUAGACCGCUUCCAGCCUCACACCAUCCCGGCUUUUCCAUGCGUAAAGUGAAAUGUGACUAACUGGAGUGUUUGAUGUGACCUUAGGUAAAAUACCAGAGAAAGUCUUAUAAAUAGUUCCUGAAAUCAUUUAUGUGAAUUCAGAUAACACUACUGUUAUCUAAGCUAAGAGUAUUUGCAGGAUUUAUGUUUUUAAAUUGUUCAAACUAUAAUAAAUAUGGAUAGAAAAUAUAUUUGUGAGUAAGUCAAGUUUUGUUGCAAAGUUUUUUAAACAACCUAAUUUGUUUAACACAGGUAUAUUUAUUUUAAGAUCUUAAAUAAUAACUACCUGUUUUAAACAUUAGGAAUUUAUAGGCUAUUAAUUUUUUUCUAAACAGAAAACAUGUUGAGUACCACUCACAAUACUUGUUUCCCAGCUAAAGUAUCAUCCAAGGGCUACAGCUGUUAGCAUUUUAGUACAGCCUUUUCAAUCUCUCCCUCUCUCUCUCUCUCUCCCUCUCCCUCUCUCUCUCUCUCCCUCUCUCUCUCUCUCUCUCUCUCUCCCCCCAUCCCUUUAUUUCAACAACAACAACAAAAAAAACACAAUAUAUUUAAACCAGAAGAAAAUUAUGUUAAAUAAUCUUUAACAUAAUACAGGGAUGUAAAGUUAAAGUUUUUUUUUCAAUUACUUCAGAUUACUUUUUGCCUGGUUUAUUCUAUUUGGUGGAAGGGAGAAUUUUGUUGUCAUGAAAACAACAGCAUGUUAAGUGCUUACUCUUGCAUAAGCAUCUCACCUAAAAUACAUCUUAGACAUAAAAGUGUUUUCAUUCAAUAUUAGUUAAGUGCUACUAACUUCAUUAAAGCUUUGCAAAGUGCAAUCGUAUAAGCUAGUGUGCUCAAGUUACUGUGCUAAGCAACGGUAAUUGUAUGCAGUAUAUCUAGUGUAAUCAAUUUGCAGUGUGAAAACUUAGUACUGGGCAUCAUGAAUGUAAAUGCUUAUAAUAGUAAUUCCACUAUGCAACUACUGUGUGUCACAUGUGCAUUUUAAACUACAGUACUUGAAUUUAUAACAAAGUUUUAUUUGCUUUGGGGCAUUUUAAACUGGAAUAUGAAUUUACCAAGGUAAAUGAUAAUACUACAAUAAAAAAAAAUUGAAACUUGAACUCUAAA